AUGAAGCUCACUGUCGCCUUCCUGGCGGCUCUCGCCGCCGCCGACGCUGCUGAGGCCCGCAACCAGCGCAUCCAACGUCGCCAAUACGACGCCGGUUACGGCUCAGGUGGUUACGGUGGUGGUUACGGCGGUGGCUAUGGCGGUGGUUACGGCACUGGCGCUCUCCCCAGCCCCAGCUCUUCUCCCUCUGUCCCCGAAGCCAGCGCCAGCACACCUGCUGCUGGUGGCUACGGAGGUGGAUACGGCGGUGGAUACGGAGGUGGAUACGACACUCCUCCAGCUAGCACCCCCGCUGUCAGCCCCAGCUCCUCUCCUUCCGUCCCCGAAGCCAGCGCCAGCACACCUGCUGCUGGUGGCUACGGAGGUGGAUACGGCGGUGGAUACGGAGGUGGAUACGACACUCCUCCAGCUAGCACCCCCGCUGCCAGCCCCAGCUCCUCUCCUUCCGUCCCCGACGCCAGCGCCAGCUCCCCUGCUAGCACUCCUGCUGGUGGUUAUGGUGGUGGUUACGGUGGUGGUUACGGAGGCGGCUAUGGAGGCGGCUACGGCACCGGCGCUCUCCCCAGCCCUAGCUCCUCUCCCUCCGUCCCCGAGGCCAGCGCCAGCUCGCCAGUCAGCUCUCCCGCCAGCACCCCAGCUGGUGGUUACGGUGGUGGUUACGGCGGUGGCUAUGGCGGUGGUUACGGCACUGGCGCUCUCCCCAGCCCCAGCUCCUCUCCCUCCGUCCCCGAGGCCAGCGCCAGCUCCCCUGCUAGCUCCCCUGCCGGUGGCUACGGUGGUGGAUACGGUGGUGGCUAUGGUGGUGGUUACGGCACUGGCUCCACCCCCAGCCCUACCUCCUCUCCUUCUGUUCCCGAAGCUAGCGCCAGCACACCAGGUGCCUCUGAGACGCCUUGCUCCACCUCCGCUGGCCAGUCCACUCCCUCCACUCCCGAGGCCAGCGCCAGCUCUCCUACUAGCUCUCCUGCCAGCACUCCUGCAGGUGGUUAUGGCGGUGGCUACGGUGGUG